CGCGCAUGCGCAAGACGCUUGCGCUGCUAUGGCAACGCAGACUGACGCCGCCGUGAAGUGGAGCCGCUAGUUAGCAUGUCCCCAAGUUGGUCCACAUGUUUGCUGCUUUGUGUGACUCUUUAACUCACUCAGCUCACUUGGAAAAGAGCCGGGGGGUGUUUUUCAGAUGUUUGCUCCGCGGGUGAGAACGCACGGUUCGUUUCAAGGGUCAGAGUGAAUACCAGAAGAGUUGCAGGGCCCCUCGCUCCAGAAGUGUGUCCUCAGUAACGCAACAUGAUAACUGGCGUUAUCUCCGACCAGACAGACAUUUGCAGAGAACCACAUCUGCAGAGAAAGAAGAAGCCUGUAGUCCUUCGUGCAGGCAGGUCCUACGGCUCUCUGCUCUGCGUUCCAGAUGUGCAUCAAUCUUUGGCUCAGUCCAGAACAGCACCAUCUGCUGCUCCCAGGAGCCGCUCAGCUCACGAGGAGACAUCAGUGGGCCAAAAACCACAAAUGCUUCUCAGAGCACCAGCAAACGCUGGAUCUCCAGCUAAACCUGAAUCUUCAGCAGAACAUCGGUAUCUGGCAGACCCAGAACGUCCAGGAAGACCUGAUACCAGAUCAUCGGUGGGAUCAACCACUGAUGGAAGAUCUGUGAAGCUCCACCCCUCCCAACCCAACAGCCAACCACAGCCCAGCAAGAUGGGUGCAGCACAUGAUGGCCAGCAGUCACCAGCAAACUCGGUUGACUAUGUGCUGAAGAGGAAGGCGGGGCUGAGGCCAGAGGGUCACAGGCCAGGCCGUCAAAGGUCAGAGUACAACAGACAGUUUGGCUGGAAGAAACCUGUAACGGCCUCACCUUUACUGACGGCAGAAAAGGUAUUGUACACCAGCAGCAGGCCCAUCCCUCCCUUUAAGACCAACCCCUUUCCUGUGGAAACAGAGUAUCGACAGAGCUUUCAGGAUCUGAUCCUUCCCACCAGACCCCGUCUCCAGAAACAUCUUGAAAAUCAGCAGUUGCCACUGUUCCACACACAAAUGACCAACAGGAGAAAAGAGGACUCACAAAAGAAGCCCCGCUCCAAACAAGACAGCCCUCAAAGAGAAAACAUGGAGCCUCAGUCACCCCUGAGGGUGACGCCUCCUCCUUCUCCUCAGGUGCAGAGGGGACGCAGGGUAUUGACAGAGUAUGAGUCCAGCUUUCGUUCUCCUCUCUACAGGAACUCAAAGGGACGUGGAGACACGGGCGCUGUCACCCUGCAGGUGAAGGAGUUGAGGGAGAUGGCCCAGUUGUACCGCCACCGGGGCUGGGGGACCAACUUCUCCAGGGAUCACCUGGGCCAACUGCUUUCUGACCGCAACACCCUGUGGGAGCUGACUGACACCACGGAGUCUCGUACAGACGCUCCCACCCUCCGCCUCACAGCUGACCUGUCUCCUGACUCGGACUGUCGUAGCAUUUCCAGCGUUGAGGCCCUGGACCUGGCCAGCAACUCCAGUAAGAUGUCCUCCGUUGCUGGCUCCGGAGAAACUUACAGAUACAAGAAGAAAGCACAAACAUCUCCAGGUCCUCUGACUGAACGGCUCACAGCCUGGGAAGAAGAAGCAGAACAAGAUACAGAUGACGAGGAGGGAAGGUUACCAACACCCAGACUGAAAACAAAGCCGGUUCAGAGGACUCACCAUGACCCUACCACACCUGCCACUGGAGGUGCUAUACUUGUAGGAAAAAUGAAGAGCGCUGACGGUUCUUCUCCAAACAAACAGCAGAGAUUUGGGUCAGCGGUUCCCUCAGCGAAUGAAGCAGAGAGCAACGUGCCGCCCAAACGUAAAGAGGCGUGGACUGGGAAUCUAGCCAUCUCCUCAAGCCCCUCUCCCGAACACAAACCAGCCUUGAGUCCUCCGUCCAACAGGAAGAAAAAAGCACCGGCAUCACCUGCAGCCCCACCUCCUCUAGUCCCACCGCCACAGCACGUCAUCCAGGGCACUCUGAGACACCCAGACUUCCAGCAUAAUGGUGAGCACAGAGGUGGGGAUUUGAGUUUAGUAUCUUGCAGUUCAGGAGUGAGGGAAGAAAUGGAAAAGGAGACCGACAGGUGGAUAAGUGCAGCGUUUGCUGUGAUGAGGACAUUGAGCCAAAAGGCAGGCUAUAUGUACCAGUUGAUCUUUGUUCCUACUUUCAUCUACAGCACUGAAUUGUGGGUAGGAUAGAAAGAACAAGAUUGUGAACCGAGAGGGACGUGGAGUCGAUGCUUCUCAAAAUCAAUCUGGUUUGGCUGCUUUCUGGACGCCUCACUGGGGAAUAUGGUUGAACAUGCCGUUUCCAGCAAGUUCAACCAUAUUCCAGGACACACUGGAGAAUCUUAUUUCUCCACUUGUGUGUCUUCCUGCAAGAGCUGGAGGAGAGAGAGAUCUAGGCCUCUCCACUUAAGCUGCACCCAUGACUUGAACAUGGGAAGGCUGAAGUUGAUGGAUGGGUGAAUAAU